UAUCUCAGAUUUCUGUGUGGAAAUAACAGUCACAUAGCGUAAUGGCUAUGGAUGAAGGCAACGACGAUUUAAAUAAGGGAAUUUACGUUUCCUCACGAGGAUUUGACGCAGGAGCAUCACAGAAAGGUAAUGGUACUGCUGCUACCAAUGGAGAAGACACAUCUAAGGAUGGUGAUGAUGCCAGCAAGGACCAUGCGCAGAUCUCUCUCCUUACGAUGUUCCGCUAUGCGACGCAACUGGAUGUUCUCUUGAUAGUAAUCGGGUCUUUGUGGUCGGCUGCCCAUGGAGCAGGCUGGCCAGUCUUGGCCGUGGUGUUCGGUGCCAUGACGGACACUUUCAUCGACGUCGGAGACUUUAAUAUAACCAAUGACAGCAUCCCGGAUGGCGCGCUCACUGCUGAAGACUUCCAAACGCAAAUGAACCAGUACGCUCUGUACUACGUCUACAUCGGACUGGGAAUGUUUGUUGCAUCAUACUUUCAGGUAAUCUGA